UCACUCUCACUCUCUCUCUCUCUCCUGCAAAUGCAAGCUCCAAACCCCCUUGCUGAUCUUCACCGUCAUUGACCAAAUGGGCAAAGCGUCACAGUGGUUUCGGGGUAUCCUUGGCAUGAAGAAGCAGGACUCCUGCUCUCCAGCUCCUACAGCUCCAAAACCUCCCAAAGAAAAACGAAGAUGGAGCUUCGUAAAGUCACACAGAGAGAAAGACGACCAGCGCCAGUACCAUACUACCAAACAACACAGCUACGAAACGACGUCAACAGCGGCAACAGGAAGAAGAAAUUCGUGCGGACUGAUGAUCCCCGUCCAUCAGGAGUUUGGCGCGGUGGAUCCCAACAAGCACGCGAUCGCUGUGGCGGCCGCGACAGCCGCCGUGGCGGAGGCUGCUCAGGCGGCAGCUCAGGCUGCUGCGGCGGUGGUCAGGCUGACCAGCAGCGGGAGGUGCGCCAGCAACACCUCGGCUUACGGUGGCGGGAGCCAGCUUAUUGGGGCUCGUAAAGAUCAGUGGGCUGCUGUGAAGAUUCAGGCUGCUUUUCGAGGGUGUUUGGCUAGGAGAGCGUUGAGAGCAUUGAAAGGAUUGGUGAAGCUUCAGGCACUGGUUAGAGGUCACAUUGAGAGGAAACGGACAGCAGAGUGGUUACAGAGGAUGCAAGCAUUGCUGCGAGCCAAGGCACGUGUGCGUGCCAGUCGGGCUGGCCAAAUUUCAGAGUCGUUGCAUUUGAGUAGCAAGUCUUCUCACCUCCAAUAUCACAUUGGUCCAGCAACCCCUGAAAAAACUGAGCAUGUAAUCAGACGCAAGAGUACUACAAAGUAUGAUCAGCCACCAACACUCAAGAGAAAUGGCUCAAAAUUAAACAGUCGGCUUGUUGGAGAUCAAGACAAGGCACUAUUGGGUCGGAAUAGGUCUGACAGCCAGAGUGAUGAACAGUCAUGUGAUCGGCGGGGUUGUUCAAUGAGGACUGGCACCAUGGAUGAUGAAAAGACUGAUAAAAUCCUUCAGAUUGAUAUGGGAAAGUCUCACUUCACAACCAAACGCAACAGCCUCUUCCACUCUUCUCAUAAUGUUAUGGCCUCUGAUCAACACAGCCAUAGCUUUACGAUUUCGAAGGACUCAACUGCCCAUCAAACUGUUUCAAGUCCAUCUUCUUUUGAAGUCCAAUCUUUAAGCCCGUUGAAAUUCUCUCUGCAGGAAACUGAUCAAGACAGCUCUUUCCACACUGCUAAUAAUAGCCCACAAGUCAAUUCUGCAUCAUCUAGAGGUGGUGGUUCAACAAGAAGCCCCUUCACUCGCACAAAGAGAACUGAUGUCUCAAGAAGCUGCUUAAGUGGUUACUUGGACCACCCGAACUACAUGGCUUAUACAGAAUCCUCGAGGGGCAAGGCAAGAUCCCUCAGUGCUCCUAAACAAAGACCACAGUAUGAGAGGUCUAGUUCAACAAAGAGACAUUAUGUUCAUCAUGCCUUUGGUGAAUCAAGACUAAUGAGUGCACCAAAGGACCCUAAUUCGCAUGCAGACUUCGCAAGUAAAGCUCAUCCAGGAUCUGGUCGCUUGGACAAGCUUGGGAUGGCAAUGGGUCACAAAUACUAAUGUGUCUAUAUAGAUUUGUUUUCUUGGCCUUUCAUCUAAUUUGGCUAACUGUUGUCUUUAAUUAGUACGAUAUUCUGAAUGUCAAGUGCUCAAGUGAUCUUUCA